AUGGAAGAAGAGACGGAUAUGAACAGUUGGGAGGAUGGGCAAUCCAGUGGUGAACCGCCAUUGUUGAGUCAGGCUAGAGAACAGCUCGAGAAGACGGAGGCCUACUAUGCAGCAAUCGAAUCGGUACUACAAUCGACAAGAAUACCUUGUCCUGGACGCCGUGCCAGAAAGGCCGAUGCGAGGCAAAAAGAAUGCAUAGACAAACUCCUGACAGUGGCUCUCGAAUGGGGUCACGAGGUCAUUGUUGUCAAUAAGUGGUAUCUCUCAUCCCCUCGCGUCUGUCAAGACUUACGCGCACUUGCAAAGCGGUACUACCUAGAUGAAAUUCGUCCGCUGCUCAACGGCCUUCUCUACCAGGACCACAAGUCGACAGAACCGCACUGCAAAACUCGGCUGUGCACUGGUCUCGAGGCUCGCCAUUUGGUCGCGAUUCGACGGUACAUGAAUGGUACCAUCGAGAUUCCUAUGAUUGCAAGCAUCGACGAUCUGCCACUCUCAGACCAAAUAUAUUACGAGAUGAACAGCUCGGGGUUUCUACAAAAAUCCAGUCACAAAAGACUUAUAGAGUCAAAGGCUGCCAAACACCGGCUGAAAUGUGCAAAGGAUGCCCUGAACUCUGUCAUCACUUCUCUCCGACUGGAAUCUCAAAAUAAAGUUUUGAUUCAUAUGGCAGAGACAUUCGAGGCCCGGAAAGAAGUUGACGAACUAAAGUGGCUAAAGCAUCGUUGGGAUCGAAUGCCUUUAUGCGAAUAUUCCGUCACACCGAUCCGGUAUGGCACGAAGGGUCCAUGGCAUAUGGCCAUAGUCAAUGCCAGAGACAAUAUUAUUAUUCUACACAUUUCAGAAUCAACCGAGAGCGUUCCACAAAUGUUCUUAGGGUUGCCCGGCUCCCAGGUCUAUCACGUUCGUCCGGCCGUGUCAGCAUCUAGCAUCGGCGGUGUCAUCCACUAUAUGACAUUCUUCAUAUCCGCACCAGACCAGUUCAUCGCGAAUCUGAAAGAGAACCGAAGUCCUGAAUUUGGCAUUACGGUCCGGGGUGUGUUCAGUGAGGCUGAUGGAGUGUCUUUGAUAAGCGAAUCGGACCUUGCUAAGUAUCUGUUGGGUAAAACAGGGGACUGGUAG